AUAUUUUUCUACGUUUUGUGUGCGUUGCAGUUGUAGUAACUUUGUUGGGGGAAGCGGGUAAUUGAGUUGGUUAAAAACUUAUUCCAGAACUUGUUGUUUUUGCCGAUAUUUACACCAUAUUGAUGAGUCCGUUGGUAGCUGUUAUGAACUGACUUUCUGUAUCGGAAGAUCUUCAUUUUAAUACAUUUACGGCGCUUCUACAACUGGUGUGAUCCGAUUUAAGGGCAUACGCUGGUCCGCAGAAAGAACCGUUCUGCGACACCGGAAUCCCCAGGCGACAUGAUCACCAGAAAAAGAGCGCGAGUCGGAUCCAAGCCUGAAACGAAUCCUACCACCUGGCCCCUGGAAGUUGACACUAGUGAAGAAAUUGAAAUCGUGGACGACGUGCAUACGUCUCCCUUUCAGUAUUCCUCACCAGAAAGCGAGGAUACGCCUGGUUUGGAUCUUGAUUUAUUUAAUGUAGACGAUUUUAAUUGGCAGCUGGACAAGGAUACACUUUAUUCGUUUUUUAACGAAGGCGGGAGUGGAUUGCAGGAUCUUUCAAGGUCCACAUCAAAGGGAAGCUAUGAAGUCAGUGAUACCUUCUCGAAUUCCUCGCGCGGAGCAGUUAAAUCACCUGCGUGUAAAAAUAAUGUGCCGGUGCGGAUCAACAAGAAUGCCAUUGCAGCUCGGAUGAAUCGUCUGAGGAAGAAAGAAUACGUGAAUGGAUUGGAGAAGAAAGUCACCUCCUUAGCGGCGGAGAAUCGGAAUAUCAGACAGGAGAACGAGCAUUUGAACAAGAGGGUUGAAGACCUCGAAGACGAGGCGAGGUACCUGAGAGCGGUAUUGGCUAACGAAAGCUCGUUGGGCCAACUUUUGGCUAGACUCAGCGGUGUGAAUGGCAUGAAAGUGUCUACGUCGCUUUUCCAGGAAUCGAACAAAAACGACCACGAUUACGCCCUGCCUAGGAAAAAGGUGAAGAUUGAGGAGAAUGAAACAUCUGGCGGCGUCUGUCUCCACGUUGACAAGAAUCACGUCUCUGUGGAAUUCUGCACUAAGUGCGCUGAAAGUGCGAGCACGGCGCUCAAAAUGUGGUUGAUCUGCCAUGCGGGAUAUGGGUUACAGAACAUCCCUGACUUCAGGACUCCAUGUGGAUUCUGCUGGGGAAUGCUGAAGAAACGGGACCAGCGGCAGCCAUCUUGGCCCGGUAUAUGUUAAAAGCAAGCUUUGUGUCUACAAACUUUCUUUUCUCCUCAUCGAAAUGGAUUGAGUGGUCACUGGUUUAGUCGUUCUGAAACAAGCAGUGGAAUGAAGAUUGUGUGAACACAUUUAAAGGGAAGCCUGCCUGUUAAGACUUGUAGGGCUUAAUAUGUUGUAAAUGCCCUGAACUAUGGAAAUAUGUUGUAAAAGCCACACAAAAGGUUUAGGUUAUUUAAAAAAUUUUAAAAACCCAGGCCUUUAAUAGAAAUUUUGACCAUUGGACAUCGCCAUUAUUUUAGACGCGCAGUGCACUUUGGGUAGAUGAUGUAAAAUGGUUGCACUGGUGGGUAACUCUGUUUUGUCCAGCAGUUGCAGUUGUUAAUAGUAAAAAAUCAGUACAAUGCCAGAGUAUUUGUGUGUGAUGUGAUACACGGCAUAUCUGUGAAUAGAAUGUAUUCAGUCUCUAAACAUCUUGGUGUAUCAGCAUGUAUUAUCAUUAGGUAAUGUGUUUAAAGGAGAUUAUGACCCGCUUAAGCUGAUACAACACGGUUCAAUAAUAGUGUUAUGUCAUUUAAAUGAAUGGGAAUGUUUCAGUACGCGUUUCAGUUUCACCAAAAACGAUAGUUUGAUCCAUGUGGUCAAGUGACUUUGAAUGUCUGCUGCUAGAAAGCACAGCUCUUUACAACAGAACUUUUUUUGUCUCUUGUGGCAUAGGCAAGCAGUUGAUGCACAGGCACCAUCUCUUAUGACCUACUCUCGUCUCCUUUGGCCUCCCGUCGUCUUCGUUUUGAUAAUGUGAUGAGGACUGUCCUCAGUGCUUUCUUGCUGAGUAAUGUCCCGUUCUGGCUCAAAUUGAAAAGGCUAAACAAGACAUUUUCAGUGCCACUCGAUGGCCAAGAGCAAUGGACCGGGAGACCCGUGCAACCAUUUGACAUCACUACCCAGAGUGCAUUGCAACUGUAAUGACCUGAGUUGAAGGAUUUGCAAAACAUUUUAAAUAACUAAAAUCUUUUAUGUGGUUUUCAUGCCGUAUUUAUAUAAUUAAAGGUAUUUACACCAUA